AUGGAAGCGCGCCAUUUCGACCAUGAUACCAUCUUGACUGACGACGCCGUCGCGGAGCUGAUGGCAAAAGAGGCGAGCGACACGGCUAUCAAGUACUCUUCAAUGGGCCUUGGAGCGUUCAGGUCGACGAAGUCAGUACUCCCGGGUCCGGCGCGGUCGAGGUUCAUUGGACUCCGCCCAAUGGAGCUGAACGGGACGAGGGCCGGAGGAAAAAAGACGAGAGGCGAGACAAAGAAGAGACAAGAGACCGCUCCCGCGAUCGGGAUCACCGACGCAGCAGGCACAGCACGCGGCAAGGGGACAAAGAGGAGGGGCAGCGGUUGCGUAGAAAGCACGACGAUCGAACAAGGGAUGAACACCACCGCCGCCGAGAUAGGUCACGCUCGCCGCGACAGAAGGGAUCGUAAGCACCGCGAUCGGUCACCGCUCAGCAGUAGCGACGACGACUGUCGGUUGCGCCAUUCAAAGUCGCGGCGGGGCAAGUCCGGCAAGGAUCGUGACCUGAUGGCCGGCGAGUCAUCUCGGCGCAAAAGCUACGGACGGCUACUACAGAAAAACGACGAAUUUACAACCACCUCCAAGACUAGCGGGCUGGCCGAGGGAGACGAGUCCGAUCCACUCGAGGAGCUUAUCGGUCCAGUGCCACCGUCAGAAGCCCCUGUCAGGACACGUGGAAGGGGUGCCGUCCGAGGCGCCGCGGCAAUGGAUGGUCGGUUCUCCGAAGACUAUGACCCAGCCUCUGAUGUCCAACCAGAGGAGCCGACCGCGACCGAAGACUGGGAUGAGGCGGUUGAGACAUUCCGCGACCGGCAGAAAUGGAAGCAGCAAGGCGCGGAUAGACUCCGCGCCGCUGGUUUCACAGAAGAGCAGGUCAAGCAGUGGGAAAAGGGUGGGGAGAAGGACAUUGAUGAUGUGCGGUGGAGCAAGGCCGGCGAGAAGCGCGAGUGGUAA